AUGAGUGAUUCUGUCAGAGAUGACACAACUUUUGAUUUAUCAAGGGUUGAAGAACCCAAAAAAAUAAUCAGCCAUAAGAAUACGCUAAAAACAGACCUCAGAAAAGUUGUCCCGAAAGGAACUCUUGGGAACUCACUGGAAUUCGUGUGUAAAAAGCAGCUUAAAAUUGAUUUGAUUAAUGCAGCCCUUGCAUUUUCGUCAAUUAUGAUCGUCUAUUAUGAAGUAGCUUCUAUUUAGAGUGAAGAGUUUUAUAAGCAGGAUACUAAAUGUUCAGCUGGGGAAUGUGCAAUAACAAAAAGCCAUAAUGAAAGCAACGAUUAUGUGACUUCAAUGAGAGUCACUAACAUCGGCAUUACAUUGGUGAUUCGUAAGAUUUAUUUAUCCCUUAAAAAAUAUUUUUUUUCUUAAAUUAUUCGAUUUAUACCCAAUUUUCUAUAUAAAAUAAAAAACAUCAUUAAUUAUUGUUGUAUUGUCCUCCCGAUGAGAGGAUAGUAUGCUUAAUAUAUCAACACUACCUUUAUGAGCUUGACAAAAUGAAAAUCCGAAAGCAAGUUCCUCCACAAAGUACAUUGAAGACUUCUAACCUUUUACAAGCAAUGGUCCCUGAAAUGGUCAUUAUGGGAAUUUUUUGUCCGCCUUAUUUUGACUCUACGUUUUCAGGGACUAUGCUUAAUGGAAAAUACGUGUACUCAUAUGACGUGAUUAUUGCAGUUUUAACGAUUUUGCGUGUUUUUCUUAUUUUAAGGGUUUAUAGUUCUCAGCGCUAACAAACCCUUUAGACAAAAAUUAAUUUUUUUAAUAGCCAAAUUAAGAAAAAAAGUAUAUACACAUUUUUCUAUAUGACUAAGCAAUGAGUCUUUUAAAGAAGGAAAAAAGCUCGGAGUCAACACAAACGUGUUUUUUGCCCUAAAAGCUGACUUAAAAUACCAGCCCCACAUCAUCCUGUCCGCCGCAAUUGGAACUCUCGUCAUUUGUAUAGGCUAUGCUGUAAGAGAUUUAGAGCGCCCAUUUGUCUCGACCACAAAGUCAAGGCUGAAUUUUGACUACCUCACAAAUGGCUGGUGGAUGACUGUUGUCACAAUGACGACAGUCGGCUACGGAGACGGUUACCCCUCCACUCACUUUGGAAGAGCCUUAAUGUUAUUUACAGCAAUAGCUGGGCUAGUCAUGGUUUCUUUAUAUGUGGUUACCUUAACAGUUGCUACAAUGUUCAGCAAAGAGGAAACCAAAGCUUAUUAUAUGAUAAAAAAAGUCAAAGCUAACAGCGAUGUAAGGCACAAGGCAUCUAAUGUAAUAAAAGCCACUUUUAAGCUAAAAGAAGCACUUAUGAGAAAAAGAGGCGCAAAUUAUUUAAGAAGGGUAUUUAUUUAUGGAGCACUUUUGAGGAGACAUAUACAUUAUUUUAAAAGAGAUACAAGUGUUGCAAAUACAAGAUAUUUGCCGCCUCCAGAAAUGCUGGUUCAGCUAGAACAGAAAUUAAUUUCUGAUAUUGAUGAUAUUAGGAAAGAAAUUAUUGAUAUUGAUUAUAUAGGCGAAAGACUACAAGAGUUGAUUGGGAAUCAGCAGAUGAUGACUGAAAAUCUUGAUAAGAUUUUAAAUGCACAGAAUACAAUUGAAAGAUUGAUGACGCAGGCGAAUAUUGAGCAGCUCAUUAAAGGCGGCAAAGAAGAAGCUGAUAACAAGCUGACUUAA